UUCCUCCACAUCUUUACUUCCUCUCCUGCAUUUCUGAAGAUGGGCUGCAGACGCACAGACUGCAUCUCAAAGCCUCUGUCGGGCCUCUUUGAGAAGCUCGGUUCCCUUGUAGGCUCCUCUCCUCUGUCUUUUUUUGUAAUUCCUCUCAUACUCACAGCAGCGCUCGGAGGAGGCUUCACGUUCCUCAGAGACAGGGAGGACAACGACUUCGAGGGGCAGUACACGCCCAAGAAAGGACCCUCGAAGGUGACGAGAGCGUUCGUCAAGGAGAACUUCCCCUACAAUGAGUCGAUGUUUUCAGAAGAGAGGUUGUACAACAUGGGCCACUACGCAUCCCUCAUCGCUCUGUCACCUCAGGGUUCAAAUAUCCUGGAGAAUCCCGCCUUUGAGGACGUCCUCAGACUCAACGACAAGAUCCUGAACAUCACCGUGAACGGGACUCUGGGGUACAAAGACUUGUGCGCAAAAGUCUACGGCGAAUGUGUCUCGAACACCAUCCUGGAAAUCGUCCAGUCUAAUGAAACCCAGAUCACCUACCCCGUGUACACUUACAGAUCCAUCUCAGUGUUUCUGGGCUCUGUGUUAGGCGGGGUCAUCACGGGUGCCGACAGCUCAGUCGUGAGCGCUCGGACCGUAAAACUCUUCUACUACUUAGAUAACCUGAAAAGCACAGCUGACGCCUCGAAAUUAUGGCUGAGAGGAUUUAAGAAGCUCUUAUCAGAUGAGACAGACGGCAGACACAUUGACGUGUCUUACUACACCUCCAAAUCCAAGCAGGAGGAGAUUGACAGUCACACCACAGAUGGCUUCCCUUUAUUCCUCAUCACUUAUGCCUGCGCCAUCACCUUCUCCGUGAUAUCCUGCCUGAGACGGGACAAUGUGAGGAACAAGGUGUGGGUGGCCGUCUUCGGCGUCCUCUCCGCCGGCCUGGCUGUCGUCUCCUCUUUCGGCUUGCUGCUUUACAUCGGACUGCCGUUUGUCAUCACGGUCGCAAACUCUCCUUUCCUCAUACUCGGAAUCGGCCUCAACAACAUGUUCGUCAUGGUGGCCGACUGGCAGCACACCAAAGUCAAUGACCCAGUCCCGAAGCGAAUGGCUCACACCUACAAAGAAGCCAUCCUGCCAAUCACCAUCACCGCCCUGACCGACGUCCUCAAGUUCUCCAUCGGCGUCACGUCCGACUUCCCCUCGGUGCAGUCGUUCUGCCUCUACACCAGCACCUCCAUCAUAUUCUGUUACAUCUACACCAUCACCUUCUUCGGAGCCUUCCUGGCUCUGAACGGGAGGCGGGAAGCCAGCAACAGGCACUGGCUGACCUGCGCGAAAAUACCAUCAGACAACCUCGAUCACCGUUCCAAGAUACACAACAUCUGCUGUGUGGGAGGCGGCUAUGAUAAGAACACUGGCGCGGAGAAAAAACAGCCAGCGAGUAAUUUCUUUAAGGAUUACUACGGCCCGUUUUUGAUCAAACCCUGGGUCAAGGGAGCUGUAAUCUUCCUUUAUGUCGUAUAUUUAGCUGCAAGUAUUUAUGGAUGCUUCCAUGUUAAACAGGGGAUAGAGCUGUAUGAUCUGGCAGCUGAUGACUCCCACGUCAGGAAAUUCAACACGGACGAUAGGGAGUAUUUUUCUGAUUACGGUCCAUCUGUGAUGGUUAUUGUAAGUGAGGAAUUCCCAUACUGGGAUAAGACCAAGAGGCAGGAACUUCAGCGGUGCAUGCAGGACUUUCGAGGGCUCCAUUUUGUAGAUAAAGACAUCUACACAUCCUGGCUGGACUCUUAUUUGUCGUAUGGGGAAGAAGCACAUAUAAACCUCGACGAUAAAGAUGUUUUUCUCAAAAAUUUAACUCAAUUUUUCGAUGUAUUCCCCUUUUUCAAGCAAGACGUGAACCUGACAGGAGAUGCCAUCUUUGCAUCCCGCGUCUUCAUUCAGACCGUCAACAUUGACGAUGCCAGCAUGGAAGUCCACAUGCUUAAAGACCUACAAACAGCCGCUGACAGCUGCAGAGUGGCGCCGUUAUUAAUCUACAACCAGAAGUUCAUCUUCUUCGACCAGUACGGGGUCGUCAUCAGCAGCACGAUUAAAAACGUCUGCGUGAUCACAGCCGUGAUGCUCGUCGUCUCCCUCCUCCUGAUUCCGAACCCGCUCUGCUCAAUAUGGGUGGCGGGUUCGAUCGCUUCAGUGACUGUGGGAGUCACCGGCGUCAUGGUGUUAUGGGACAUCACUCUGGACACCAUCUCCAUGAUCAUUUUCACCGUCUGCAUCGGCUUCACCGUCGAUUUCUCUGCUCACAUGUCCUACGGAUUCGCCGCAAGUAAGAAAUCCAGCCCGGAUGAAAAAGCCGUGGAGGCUCUCUCUCAUUUGGGCUACCCGAUCCUUCAAGGAGCCCUGUCCACCAUCCUAGGCGUGUCCGUGUUGGCGACGUCUGACUUUCACACGUUCAGAAUGUUUUUUAAGAUCUUCUUCCUCGUCAUAGUUAUCGGGAUGCUUCACGGCCUCAUUUUCAUUCCGGUGAUUCUGAUGUUAUGCACGCUCCGCACGGACAAAUUUGAAAAUAAAGACAAGAGUCUGAAAAUCACCAAACUAUGACCAGAGUCAUCACGUUUAGGGUAGUUAGGCACACUAGGUAUGUACAUUUACAUGUAUAUUCUGCGUUAAAAAUGCAAAACAACACUUUCUUUGUACGCUACGAAUUUUAAAAGUUGACUUAGAUUUUUUUAAAAAGUCAGGAAACCGAUUACCUCAGAACUACCAGGUGAAGUUUUAUGUGUUAAAAAGUUUAAACUACCUGUUUCCUCAUUUUUUUUAAGAUCUUUUUUUUUUUAUCGAACUGUAUGAACAAGAUUGUUUCUUGCAAAAAGUUAUAAAGAACAACAUGUGUAAGUUAUGGUGUACUGUAUUUUUAAAUUUUUCAUUUAAUAUUCACUGUGAUGUCUUUUUCUUUAUGGAUGAGCUUUCAACGAGCUUCAGUGAUUUUGUGUAAAUAGAUUUUUUUGUAUUCAAUGCGAUGUAUGUAUGUAAUCAUUACUGAUUGCAGUCGAUAGUUUGAAUAAACUAAUGACGCUGGAGGUUUUCACUGUUUUGAAACCUUCUGCUUCAUAUCAAACUGUU